UUUCCACAUGAAUGUCUGGGAUCAUUGUCCUCUUUGUAGCAAAAUUUGAAAUUAAUAUACGUAUUUGAUAGAUAAACAAUAUUUCUGGUCUACACAAGGCAAUCAAUAACACUAUAUCAAGACAGAUUGAUUGUUCUUAAUUAAUCACCUGCUCUUAAUUAAUUAGUGGAAGGAAAAAAAUAUUGAGGUUUCAUACACAGCUAUAAACUAUUACAACUUGAUCUUACUUCAAAGGACUCUUCCAUUUUAUAAUAUGGGUUAUUUUGUAACUAAAUUCUAUCAAAGAAAUUUAAAAAAAAAAUCAAUCAUACAAAUUUUCCCAUGAAUAAAACUUAUUAUAUUCUGUAAAUAUGCUGCAAUUAUAUAUAAUCAUAACAAUAAUGAAGUCUUACUUAUAAACAAUCAAUUGCCACAUCAAUUUGAUGAAACAUCCCUUUAAAAAAAUUAUAUCACCUGAUACCGCUUUCUCACUUACUCAAUGUUAAUAUUUCUUGCUUAAUUUAUUGAUCAUACCAGUACCGACAUUAAUUAAUAUUAGUCUAGUUCAUGUUUAUAUACCUGACAGGUAAACACAAAUAGGGAAUUGUUUUCAGAGUGUUAUCUAAAAAAUCUACUCUUGUAUUUUUGAAAGUAACUGAGGUGCAACAGAUAAGUAUUAAAAGUACCAAGGAGAAAAUAUAUCUGCGAAAUUUGAAAAUGAAUAAAUUUACGAUAGUGAUCUUACUUGUGACUGUGUUUGGAACCUAUUGCCAAACAUUAGAGCAAAGAGAGAAUAAUAAUGGAAAGAAAAGAGACAGAAAAAAGGACCGUAUUCAAGAUCGCUGUGGUAGUUCUUGCUGCGAAAGGGGUCAACCUGGAUUAAAUGGAAGUCCAGGAGCCCCCGGAAUACCAGGAGCAACUGGGAUACCAGGACGCGAUGGUUUGCCCGGCCUCCAGGGAAUGCCAGGCAUGCAGGGUCUGCAGGGACUAACAGGUAAGCCUGGUCAUCCUGGACCACAGGGCCCUAGAGGCCAGGGUCCACCUGGUGAAAAGGGUGAGCCUGGCCCAAUGGGCCUGCCAGGGCCCCCAGGCCUUGGCCCACCAGUCUUAAUGGAACUCUCAGACUCUGAGGCCACAUACAGAAGCCUUGCUACGCCAGCAUUCACUGCCAUCCGCACAAGGGGCCUUGCUUGUCAUCCCGGCCAGCAGAUGGUUAUCAGCUUUGAUAGCAUCGCAACAAACAUUGGCGAUAACUUUAACUCAACGCAUUUUAUCUGUCCACGCAAUGGUGUAUAUUUCUUCAUUUUUCACAUAACACACAGCCGGGACCCCAAAGUGGAACUAGUUAUGAACAACGAAUGCAUUGUAUCAAUUCAUGGAGAUUCUGCAAAUCGGCAUCAGCAGUCGUUCAGUAACAGCGCAGUGCUGGAGUUAAGAAAAGGGGACUUAUUGUGGCUUAGCCUCAGUAGUGAUCAUUCACUUUCUGGAGACACACUGAAUCUAACAACAUUUUCUGGCUUUCUAAUCAGUGCAAUCUAGAUCCAUAUAAUUGUGAAAAUUCACUAAAAUAAAUCUAAGGUAUAAUAAAAUAAGUUAGGGUGAAGACAAGCUAAACAAGUCACUCCACGCAAAUCGUGUUUCAGAGACUGUUGACGUUUUGGUAAUGGUCUCUGGCCGAGGAGUGCCCGAAAUCAUAAACCUCGAAGGUUCAUGACUUAGAGAUAAAAUUGUUCUUAACCAGCUUUAUAUUGAAACCAGCAGUGGCGGCAGCAAUUUGUCGACAAGGGGUCUGACAUUUCCGACGGAGAGGUCCAAGCCCAGGGGUCGACGAAGCCUCGGUUGAUGGCCUAGAAUAAGAACUCCCUUGUAAGGGUUCACAGGGAGUUUUUAUGGCUUAGUAUGGUCCAAAAUGUGCUUUCAGACUACAAUAUUAUGGAUUGGCAGUCAAAAUAAUGUUAUUUAAAUAGGCAAAUUAUUAUUUUUAAAAUUUUUGAUCCAACGACCUAAUCAUGCAUCAAGCGAUAGGGGGUCCAGGCCUGUCCUAUAGGAAGGGGGAAAAUGCCCACCCUGACACCCCCCACCCUGCUGGUGCCACCACUGCUUGAAAUUCCUGUAACUUCAUAACACAUUGUUGACUUUAAAACAUUUUAUAACUAUCAUUUUACUGUCUAACCUUGUAUUAAUAACUAAAAAUUAACAUUAAUAUUAUAUUAUAUUACAUAUAUAUAAAAUUAUAUGCAUAUUUAAAA